AUGAGAAAGAGAAGGAGGGGAAGAAGAAGGGGGAAGGAAGGAGGAGGAGAAGGAGGGGAAGAAGACAAGGAGGAGGAGGAGGAGCAGGAGGAGCAGGAGGGGAAGAAGAAGGGGGAAGGAAGGAGGAUGAGAAGGAGACGGAGGGGAAGAAGACGACGAGGAGGAGGAGGAGGAGCAGGAGGAGCAGGAGGGGAAGAAAAAGGGGGAAGGAAGGAGGAGGAGGAGAAGGAGAAGGAGAAGACAAGGAGGAAGGAGAAGACGACGGAGGAGGAGGAGGAGGAAGAUGGGGACAAGAAAAAGUCGCUGUUUGGUAAGCCGGGCUUGCCAAGUAGUCACUUCCUCAAUGAUAAUCACAUGGGCGAUGUUAUACCGGGCAAUUUCAACACGUGA